AGACAUUAAUCAUAGCACAAAAAAAUGGAUGAGCUAAAGCCAACGCCACCAAAUUCAACUCCUCUUACUCCAAUUACCUUCUUGGAGAGAGCUGCUAUUAUCUAUGGCGAUUGCCCUUCCAUUGUGUACAAUAAUUCUACUUACAAUUGGUCUCAAACCCGUUCUCGUUGCUUAAAAGUUGCUUCAUCCAUUGUAUCUUUGGGUAUUCAAAGAAAUCAUGUUGUUUCUGUUGUUGCCCCCAAUAUUCCUGCCAUGUAUGAGCUUCACUUUGCUGUUCCCAUGGCGGGUGCUGUACUCAACACCAUUAAUCUCCGUCUUGAUGCGCGGACUAUCUCUGUACUCCUUCGUCACAGCGAAUCUAAACUCAUCUUCGUUGAUUGUCAAUCCAAAUCCCUAAUUCUCCAAGUUCUUUCGUUAUUUCCGCCUGAAUCUCCCCGUCCGGUUCUCGUUCUAAUCGAGGACGACGAAUUCCCAAUUAAAAAAACUGAUGAAUUUGUCAGUACUUAUGAGGAAUUGGUUGAAAGAGGGAAUUCGGGUUUUCAUUGGAUUCGUCCGAGAAGUGAAUUUGAUCCGAUUGCGAUGAAUUACACCUCUGGAACUACUUCCGCUCCGAAAGGUGUGGUUCAUAGCCAUAGGGGUAUUUUCGUUGUUUCGUUGGAUUCGUUGCUUGAAUGGUCCGUUCCGAAACAACCGGUUUAUUUAUGGACGCUUCCGAUGUUUCAUGCAAACGGAUGGAGUUAUCCAUGGGGAAUGGCUGCUGUUGGUGGAACUAAUAUCUGUUUGAGAAAAUUCGACGCCGGAAUCAUUUACAACUCCAUCAACAAACACAACGUUACUCAUAUCUGCGCUGCCCCAGUGGUACUCAACAUGUUGUCGAAUUCCCCUGAAAGUAAGCCAUUAAAUCACCCUGUUUACAUAAUGACAGCAGGAUCCCCACCUCCUGCUGCCGUCCUGUUUCGAACGGAGUCCCUGGGGUUCGUAGUCCAUCAUGGUUAUGGGUUAACAGAAACCGGUGGAUUAGUAGUCUCAUGUACAUGGAAAAAUCAUUGGAAUAAGUUUCCAGCUAAUGAAAGAGCAAGGUUGAAAUCAAGACAAGGGGUUAGGACCGUAGGGAUGGCGGAAGUGGACGUGGUGGAUCCAGAAUCAGGAGUUGGUGUUCAACGGGACGGAUCAACCUUAGGAGAAAUUGUGCUGAAGGGUGCAUGUGUCAUGUUAGGUUACUUUAAAGACCCAGAAGGAACGUCGAAAUGCAUGAGAAAUGGUUGGUUUUACACGGGGGAUGUGGCAGUUAUGCAUAGUGAUGGAUAUCUAGAAAUAAAAGACAGAUCAAAGGACGUGAUCAUAAGUGGUGGAGAGAAUUUGAGCAGUGUAGAAGUGGAAUCAGUGUUGUAUACACAUCCAUCCAUUAACGAAGCAGCAGUAGUUGCACGCCCGGAUGAAUUCUGGGGUGAAACACCUUGUGCAUUUGUUAGUCUGAAUAAAUCAAUUAGUGAAAAGGACAUUAUUGAGUAUUGUAGAGCCAAAUUGCCACAUUAUAUGGUACCAAAGACAGUCAUUAUUAAACAAGAGCUGCCAAAGACAUCAACAGGGAAAAUCCAGAAGUUUGUGCUUAGAGACAUUGCUAAAAGUAUGGGUAAAAGCAAUAGCAAGAAGAUGAGCAGAAUGUAGAGAUGAGUUAACUAAGCCUGGAUGAGAGAGGUUCAAACAAAUAUGUGCUUUGUUUUUUUGUUUGUUUUUUAGUAGUGUGUGUUUGUGGGGUCAAACAAGGAAAAAAAACACAAGAAAAUCAAUUGCGUAUGGUUGUUAAAUUGCUAGUUCAGUUUCGUAAUGGUUCAAAUAAUUUAUUUUAUGCAUCUUGUUGGAUUUCUUUUGUCAUUUUUCUAUAUUUUCUAUGAGUUUUGGGCUUACUCUUUCUUAUACUACUAAUAAUAGAAAAUGUGCCGGCUGUAA